UAUUACUUUGUUUACAAACAUAGCGCGAAUAUUGAGUGAAAGUCAUGUGUUGAAGUUUCGAAUUUUACGUUCUCUUCUCCAUAAACGAAAAAAAAUAAUAAAAUGUCGAAAACUAUGUCAUCUGUUUUGAAAGCAGCGUUCUUAAAUAAAAACUUAAGAUACUGUUAUUCACGAUUCCACAUAAGAUAUAUUAGUGAUGUUGUACGCUGUGAUGAUAAAAAGGAAUUUAAUCCUUUCAAAAAGAAAUCAUACUUUAAAAAUGAAUUAGAAAAUGAUUCCAAAAUUGCUAGUCGAAUAUGCAUCACUAUAUUAGGAAAUGGAGCAUUUGGUCAGCCCAAAUGCAUAGGAAUAUUUACGGAAUUUAAAGGUUUUCUAUUUAAUUGUGGAGAAGGUGUUGGAAGGAUCUGCCAAGAAUAUGAAGUAAACACUCUACAAAUAAGACAUGUUUUUAUUACUCAAAAUAUUUGGAGAAACGUAAGUGGAUUACCUGAUAUUUAUCUUGGAAAUGAUACAUUUGGUGUUCCUAAAAUGACAAUUUAUGGACCUCCUGGUGUUGAAUACUUUAUUGAUGUCAUUACUUCAUAUAAAAGAACUUUAUUACGUAAAAAAUCACAAUAUGUUGAUGAAAACAUGGAAAUUAGAGCCAUUCCAAUUAAAAUUUUGAAUUCACGUUUUAAAGGUAAUCCUGAUAUUUGUUAUUCUUAUGUAUGCAAAAUAUUUGAAAAGGUUGGUGAUCUCAAUAUAGAAAAAUGUGUUGAACUUGGUGUUCCUAUUGGUCCUCAUCUUUUACAGUUAAAAAAUGGUGAGGAUGUUGUUUUGCCAUCAGGCAGAAUGAUUCGUUCUGCAGAUGUUCUUGAUGCCUCUUGUCCUGCCAUGACAGUUUUAAUUGUGGAUUGCCCAUCAGAAGAUUUUUUGGAUUCAUUUGUGAAUGAAAAACAGUUUAGAUUACAUCAAUCAAAUGUUGCUGAUGAAAUCACUUAUGUCUUCCAUUUUUCACCUCCUCAUAUUAUCAGAUCGAAAAAAUACCAAGCAUGGAUUCAGAAGUUUCAUAAAAAUGUACAGCAUUAUAUUUUAAAUUCAUCUAACCCUUCAGCAAGCAGUGAAGCUAUUCAUCAAACUCAGAAUUUGUUACAUCUCUUUCAUCCUGAAAUUUUUAAAUUAUUGCCCGAAGAAAAGAUAAAGCCAUUGCCUUCAGAAGUUUCUUCAGAACUUAUAUAUCCUCCUCUUAUGUUACAAAUAUAUCUUCGACCUGAAAGAAAAUUGAGUUGGGAUAAUGUUGUAAAGAAUGACUCCGAAGAAAGUCUUAAGGCACUUACAGAUUUACCUGACUUCAAUAACGAAUUAUCGAAGCUAAAAUCUCUUAUUUCUAUGAAAAAGCUUGUCAAAGGUAGUGAAUAUCCCGAGGUUAUAUUUCUUGGAACAAGUUCAGCAACUUCAACUGCCUGUCGAAAUGUUUCUGCUAUCCUAGUAAAGCUUAGUUCCAGUAACAGUAUUUUAUUGGACUGUGGCGAAGGUACAUUCAGGCAACUCGUUCGAUAUUUUGGAAAAUGUGAUGUUAAUAGAGUGCUUCAAAAAAUAUCUUGUAUAUUUAUUACGCAUAAACAUACAGACCAUUACAUGGGUCUCUUUGAAAUAAUUAAAUCAAGAAUAGAAGCAUUUGAAAAUUCUGGUAUUCCAUAUCAACGCAUGGCUUUAAUUCUGCCUUCUAAAGUACGAGUGAUGUUAAACAGAUUCUGUGAAAUGUAUGAGCCACUUAGUUCAAAAGUCAGAAUAUUUUCCUGUAAAAAUUUGGUUUCGGAAAAUGACGAUCACCUACAGUUGUCUACGUUUUUGAAAGACGUUAAGCUUUUAACAGUUCCUGUUCAGCAUUGCAAUGAUGCAUAUGGAAUUGUUCUCCAGCAGGGCUCUGAAUGGAAGAUUGUUUAUUCUGGUGAUACUCUUCCCUGUCAAAAACUAGUUGAAGCUGGUAAAAAUUGCACUUUACUAAUUCAUGAAGCAUCUGUUGAAGAUAAUCUUAUAAGCGAAGCUAUACUGAAAAAGCACAGCACACCAUCUCAAGUGAUAGAUAUUGCAGAAAAGAUGAACGCUGAAAAUACAAUAAUGACUCACUUCAGUAAACGAUAUUUAGAAGUACCAAUGUUUAAAGAAUGUGAACAUAGGAAUGUAGGGUGUGCGUUUGAUUUUAUGAAGGUUCGAUUGCAUGAUCUUCCUGUAUUGCCUCUGUUUUUACCAGCUCUAAAAUGUUUGUAUCAAGAAAAAUUAGAAGACUUUUUGAUGAAGUCAUCAACUAUUGCUAGUUGUGAAAAUGUUUUCCUAAAGACCUGGAGAUCAAUUAAGAGCAACUAAUUUAAAAUAAUUUUUUUGUAAAAUUGUAUAUGGGACACUUGUAAAUUAUUUGUAUAUUUUUUCUUGGAA